GUUUCUCCAGGGCUAACCUAUAGAGAUACAUCGAGCUGCAACAAUGAAAGCUUUAGAGAUACAAACUUACCAAGGGCAAAUAAAGAAAUUGUCUCAUUAACAGCAUAGCAGGUUUUAUUUGAUUGCUCUUGCAUUCUAUAUUGAACAAUCGUAUCGACAUCGUAAAAUUACAACUGGGCAUUAUUUGGCUUACAACCAUUUGCUGUGACCAUGGGUCCUAAUCUGUGAUAAAAUACGUUGCGAAGUUUGAAAUGAUAAAUUCCUCUUAAAGCUGUGUCAGAAAUAUUCCGAAAUGAUCACAUCAGAGGCCAAAAUGUAGCUUCGAAAUAGUCGAAAUUCGAAAUUGUCGAAAUAGUUUUUGGACUUUUUCUAUAUAUUUCUAUCAAAUUUGAUGUGAGACCGUCAUAUCAUGAAGCAAGAAGCUUGGCUAAACAAUGGCUGAAAACAAAGUUCAUGGAACUCACAUAAUUAUCCGAUAUAUCGUGAAGAUUGGAGAAAUAAGACUACAACCACGGUAUAUAAAUCCAGAAGCAAUUAAUAAAGCUUUGCACAAAUAAUGCCUUCGAAAUAUGUAAUCGUAUUAUGGGCAGGAUGUGUCCAAAUCGGACCAAAACUUUUCAAGGCCAUAGGUACUGGAAAAAAGUAGGUUUAGAAAAUGUUUGAGUUGUAUCUCAUUUGUAUUUAUGUAGUAUGAAAUAUAUACAAGGCUGGAUUUAGGCCAUAAAGGUGCAUAUCUGUUCAUCCCAUAAAUUCAACUGAAAAUAAAAGGUCGUCAACAACAAGGCCUGAUGUUAAUUUGAUGAUGAGUUCAGUUUUUUUAUUUUGCCUAAAAUUGUAUGCCAUGGCAUUUCGAUUGGAAUUUCGGUUAUAGUGCGCUGUAUGGUGUCUUCAAGCUCCUUGAGUGUUGCUGAUUGGCAUGAUCUUGGCGGCCAUUUGAAUGAACCUUUUCUCGAAAAUAAUGAGUCGCACGCGAUGUGUUCAUGUUUAGACGUAAAACGCCGCACCGUCUUGUUGGAAAUAGAGAUCGUCCGCGUCGAUUUCUUCAAAUUUCGGAAAAACAAGUCGGUCAAUAUCGUGUUAUAAAUCUCGCUAUGGACGGUUCGGAAGAAAUAAGACCCGGUGAUGACGUCAUACUACAAUCCUCACCAAAGGAUCACUUUUUAUUUUUAUCACCCCAAUAGCGACACUUUUGUUUGUUAAAGAAAACGUUAAGCCAGAAAGGGAGUUCGGUUUGACGUAAUCAUCUUGGACAAUUUCCUCGUCAUACCAAAGUAAAGCGUGACAUAUUGAAAUGGCAAAAGUUACUGAAUACAGAAUUUGAAAAAACUCCAUUAACAAACAUGGCCAAAAAGAGCAGUCAAAAUCAUGUCAUCUCUAUUGGUAGACGCUGUACAUUAUUUGUUAUGCCUACCGUUGUUAUUGGAUACAUUAAUCCACACCAACAUUUUACAAAGAAACUGGUGUACAUGUAGUAUUGACUAGACAGUCAUAGAAAUAUAGUGAAUUUAUGAAAACUUACAAAAUAAAAUGUCAAGGAUAAAACCGCUUUGUGUAACGGAAGGACUCCGAGAUCUUAUGAAAAAUCUUACUAAGGAAAUUUUAAAGAAAAAACCUCUAAAUAUUUAUGAGUUUUCGGCGAAUUAUUUUGAGUCUGUGAUUGAAGAACAAGAAGUAUUUAAUAAGCACCAAAACUUUGAAGCAAUUCUAAAUUAUGAAACUACAAUAAUAAAAAGCAGCGCUGUUUCACUACAAACACAAGUUCCUCUUUCUCUUCUUCGUAGUAUAAUUCCUGAAGAGUUAUUUGAGCUUAUAAAAGAGUUUAUCAAAGCUGUUUUACGUACAAAUCCAGACAACAUUUGUGAAUUCGCUGUCCAAUAUUUCAAUAAAUUAAAAGAACAAUAUCAUGGGACAAACUGUUUAGUAGAAUAUGGUUCGUACGAAAAUUACCUUAAAACUACUCAGGAGUUUUCAACCUAUGCAGAUGAAAAAUGUACUUGUGGUCGAUUUCUUACUCAAAGGCCGAGGAAGGAAAAAGUUCACUCUGAUCUUAAUGGCCCUAGAAAUUCUAGUGAGAUAAGACAUUUAGAUUUAUCAACAUUCAAUAAAAUCAAUAAUCAAGAAUUUAAAACUGAAAAGUUAAUAAGUAAAAAUAAUACUAAAAUUAUUUGCGGGUUAGAUAUGUAUAAGCAACAAAAGUACAUAUCUGCUAUUGUUAUAAUUCAACGUUUCUUCCGUCAUAUUUUAAAACUGCAAAAACCUGAAACACGUAUUAUAAAAGAAAUUGUUACUGAAGAGAUAGGCGAGCCAUCCAACACUAAAGUUUCUCCAGGGCUAACCUAUAGAGAUACAUCGAGCUGCAACAAUGAAAGCUUUAGAGAUACAAACUUACCAAGGGCAAAUAAAGGUAUGUGUAUACUCAUUCAAUCGCAUUAAACUAGGAUGUAAAUAAGCAAGUUCACCCAAUUAUAAGUACAAGUAGAACGGACAUGCGUUGCUGUGACUAUGGUAUACAUUAACUACUAUCAUGAGCAACUGUUCAAUAUAAUGAAAAUACUUUCACGAAUAAAGAAUACAUUAUUUCCGGUGUCAAAAUCAAGGGAAGUGCUUUUCAGAUUUAAUUUUGAAAAUGAAUUUUGGAAAUCUAAACUGAAAAGACGAAGAAGAAGAAGAAGACUGAUUUCCUGCAACAAGAUCAUUUAUUCAUUAAAAUUCUCAUUGAUUAUCUAACGUCUUUUUUUCACCGAAACCACCGAAAAGCUUAUCGUUGCCAUUAACAUCUUCCCUCGUUCUGUCAUUGCUUUGACAGAUUGUUGAAGUUUGAUUGUUUUUCUGAGAAUUCGGAAUUUUACUCAAAAUUAUAAUUACGAGGAUUGCUGUUGGUAGAAUUUGAACAAAAUGUGAACAAAAUCUAAAGAAAAUUGUAGAAAACAAUUUACAAAAAUAAAUUUAAAAAAAUUAUUUGUUC